AUGGUUUCAUCAAAAUUAUUUUUAAUGUUCGCUUUCACCUUUAUGAUUGCCUUAGCAAAAUCCGUUCCGGUUAAAGAUAGUCCAUCAUUCAUACCGCCAUCAGUUGAUUCCAAAGAAAUAAUUUCAACGAUAUUUAAUACAAACAAAAGAUUUAUAGUUCCUAUUAAAAUAUCAUAUGAUGAUGAGGAUAUAAGUACUUCUGUCGUUGUAGUGAAUUUAAAAGUAGAGAAUAAUAAAUUAAUAAUAAAUGAUGAUGUCUCGUUAAAAUUAGGAAAAACUUCUGUUCAGGUGAUUGAAGCAAAAGUUAUUCCGGCUGAUAUUAGUAAAGAUGAAAUCGAUGAUUACUUUGAUAAUUAUGAUAUUGCUCUCAUAACUGCUGAGAUAAGUUCUUCAGUGCGUUCAAUUCCAAAAAAGAUCGACAGUUUGAUAAUUAACCGUGUAAUAAUAUCUAUAACUAUUAUGGAGAUUGAUGGUGUAGAAGUUGUGCAAGCAAAAGCAAUUGAAAAAAUAUUGGAAAUCAAACAAAUCAGGCAAUCCAUCUCACCUUCAUCUGACGAAUUUAGCAACUAUUAUCAAAUCGUUAAACAUCAUCAUCAUCGUUCACCUUGUAAAAAUAUUAUUGCUCAU